AUUUGAAUCCCCCUCUCUUGCCUCUCAAUUUACCCUGGGAGUUUCAGCCCCCCCUCUCAUUACCUUGGAUUUUUCGCCCCCUCCUCUGCCUCUUCCUUGCAGUAGUCUCUUCUCUGCCCUUCGCUCUCUGGGCUUCUGAAACCCCCAGAGCGGGGAGAGGAGAAGGGGAGCUGAAACCCCUAAUGGUCAGUGAGUGGAAGGGGGUGGUUGGGCCUAGAGCUCCACAGGAUUGGCGGCAAGUGAUGAUGCCCCACGUGUUGCCUGAUGCGAUAAGCUCUAUCAUAUGGGUUCAUUGGCUCUUUUCGGAAUGAGUUUUGUGAGGGGGGUUCACUCCCCACGCAACAUGGUGGGGGUUCUACAGAGGUGAGACUGGCGACCCAAAUUUUGAGGUGAGGAACGAGAGGGGGUUCAGAUCCCAACUACAGAGGUGAGACAAGCAAGGGGGGUUCAGACCCCAACUAUAGAGGUGAAACAGGUGGGGGGGUCAGACCCAAUUAUGAGGGGGUGAGGGGGGUUCAGACCCCAAAUGUGGAGGUGGGAGAGAGGGGCGUUUGGGCCCCGAAUAUAGAGGUGAGACAGGUGAGGGGGGUCCUGGCCCUAUUUCUUAAGGUAAGACGGAUGAGGGGGUCUCAGACCCCAACUGUAGAGGAGGUGAGACGGGUGAGGGGGGUUCAGACCCCCCCCACCAAGUAAGGAGGGAUGAGGGGGGUUCAGACGCCAAAUGUAGAGGUGGGAGUGAGGGGGGUUCAGACCCCAAGUAUCGAGGUGAGACAGGUGAAGGGGGUUCAGGCCCCAACUACAGAGUUGAGACGGGUCAAGAGGGUUCAAACCCCAACUAUAGAGGUGAGAUAGGUGGGGAGGUUUCAGACCCCAAGUAAAGAGGUGAGACGGGUAAGCGGGGUUCAGACUCCGAGUAAAGCGGCGAGACGGGUGAGGAGACAUGUGAAGGGCGUAGCUUCGCUCAGUUUCGCCAGUAUUCUUAUUACGCUCAUUCACCGCCCAUCAACCCCCACUACCUGUCACCACCUACCGCCCGUCGCCGCCCUCCACCCAUCACCGUCCAAAGCCCACCACCAACCACCAACCACCACCCGCCUCCGCCCAUCACUGCCCAUGACCGCACUCUGCCCGUCACCAGCCCUCAUCGCCCGUCAACACCCUCCGCCCGUCACCGCCUGUCGCCGUCCAUCACCGUCCGUCACCGCCCGCCACCGCCCGUCACCUCCUGUCACCGCCAGUCACCGCUCGCCGCUGACCGCCCCCGCCAGUCAACCCCCACCGCCCGUCACCGCCCGUAACUGCCUGCCACUGCCCGUCACCGUCCGCCACCGCUCGCCACCGCCUGUCUCCGCCCGUCACCACCCGUUACCGCCCGCCACCGCCCACCACCAUCCGCCACCGUCUGUCACCGCCCGCCACCGCCCGCCACCGCCCAUCACCGCUCGUCACCGCCCGUCACCGCUCGUAACCGCCUGUCACUGCCCAUCACCGCCCGACACCGCCGGCCACCGCCCGUCACCGCCUGUAACCGCCCGUCACCGCCCAUCCAUCACCACCAGUCACCCGCCACCGCCCGUCUCCGCCCACCACCGCCCGUCUCCGCCCACCACCGCCCGUCUCCGCCCACCACCGCCCGUCACCACCCGUCACCGCCCGCCCAUCACCACCAGUCACCCGUCACCGCCCGCCCAUCACCACCAGUCACCCGUCACCGCCCGCCCAUCACCACCAGUCACCCGUCACCGCCCGUCUCCGCCCACCACCGCCCGCCCCACCCGUCACCGCCCACCACCGCCAGUCACUGCCGAUCACCACCCGUCAUCAACUGUCACCAACCGUCACCAACUGUUACCGCCCAGUGCUCAGUUAUAGGCAUAGCUCCAUGCAUGGUCCACAUCUGUAUGCAUGUGUGCACGUGCAUACGCAGGUUCCCAGCGAGCAUUGUAGGGUCUCCUAUUCAUGUGGUGCUUAUGUUGGACCGGAAGGAAACCCUGUAGUUUGUGUGUAAUUUUCAUAUCUUUUGGAACAUUAGUCAGCCAGGGCGGUGUCGUCAGUGCCUGACCACGUAU